AUGCCGGGUUCUGCUGCCCACAGAAUAAGGAAUGCCUGCACGAAAGUAGUAAAAGUGUUAUUUCUAUAUUGGCUCGUUUUUGUGAAGAAGCAGAAGGUCCCAAACAUGGUGCACACGCUAGGGAUGACAAAGAGAAAAAGUUGCAUCCAGAUAGGGCAUCCGCCCGGUGGUGGGAAUUAUAUCUCCCCAUGUGCAUCCACGUAUUGUUCUUCACACAGGAGGGCACCUUUUAAUUGUCUUUAUCGGGAUUACUCCAAAGGGAGGAGGCACAAUCCCUUGGGAAGCCUCAUCUCUGUCCACCCACUUAAGAAACUAAAGCUAAUGCGGGGAAAGGACCCCAAACCAGCCGCACGUAAUUUUUACAUUCAUAAUUUUCCAUAUAGGGAAAAAGCAAUUAAAAAAAUAUGCCCCCUAAGGAGAGGGUCAAAAUGGAAGAGUGCAACUUGCAUGAAGAGGUUAGGGAAAAUGAACAUGGUUGGGGAGAAUGAUGAAGAAAUGUUUAACCGAAUAAACAGGAAUGUUAUGAGGAGGGGAUUAGGAGAAGAGGGCCGCAUGUACGAAAACCUAUACGGUAGGAGUGACACUAUGUGGGGAGAGAACUACGAAAGAAAUUCCCUCCUCGAAAUUGUAAAUAACCAGACGGAAGUACCCAUCGACCUUGCCCAUUUCGAGAAAGAAGUGAGGAAACUAAUCCACCUAAUGCGAUUUGAAGAUUUUCAACUGAACAUAACUUUUGUGAGUUUAAAGGAGAUGAAGGAGGUGAACAGAACUCACAGGGGAAAGAAUGAACCGACUGAUGUUAUUUCUCUGUUGCACUAUGUAGAGAAUGGGGAAGGCGUUUCACCUAGUUGUGAGUUGGCAGAUGGUGAUAUACCUGGAGGGAGCUGUUUAAGGUCCGGAGACAUUUAUUUGUGCCCCGCGUACAUAAGCAAAGAGUGUGUACUUGCCCGGGUUAAGUACGAGCAGGGGUUGUUGGGCGAUCAAAGUGGCGAUGUGGAUAAUGUUGGCAAAGUUGGCAAAGUUGGUGGCGAAUCCACACUGGACAACCUAGACGACCAGCAGAGCGGCCAGGGGGAGCUGCGCCCCCGAGGUGUGAACAAACUGUUUAGAACCCUUUUCUGCGUCCACCAGCGGUUGCCGUUGUAUGUCCUCCACGGAUUAAUACAUCUAACGAACAAGGAUCAUGUAAACAAUGUGAAUGAAUACAACGCGUUUAUGGAUAUAGAGGAAGACAUUCUCGGUAAGUAUCUAAAGUUCCAUCAUUACACACACACAUUUUACUCCCACUACGUUAUUGGGUUUGGCACAGACAUUCUGAACGUGAACAGGAUUUAUAAAAUUUUGCAAAAGGGAAAUGGGGGGGUUUUCUUGCGGAAGGUUUUGAGCUCACUUGAGCUGCGGGAGUUGGCUCAGGGGUACCUCGGGGAGGGGGUAAGGAGUGACCAACUGGGGGAUCAUUUGAUUGACCAGUUGGGUAACGGUGGGGAAUUCCGUGAUCAAUCCGAUCGGAACCUUUCGCAGAGGCUCACCACAAAUAACGCACUCAAGCUAGCCAUCCACGUAAGUAAAAAGUUCGCAUCGAAGGAAGCGAUCCUCAAGUCCAUGGGGCGAGGCUUAAGCUCCAUUUCCAAGUACGGCCUAAGCAUGAACGACAUUGAAGUAAGAAACGAUAAGUAUGGAAAGCCCCUCGUUUUUUUGUAUAACCAGGCAAGGAAAAUAGCCAACGAAAUGGGCAUAGUAAAUAUAUUUUUAUCCCUAAGUGAUGAAAGGAUAACUUGCCCAAAUCAUAAUGUUAAAAAGGAUGAGGCCACGACGUGCAACUUUUGCACGUACCUGAUCCAUGCACAGGCUCUUUCUGUUGGGUCAAAUGUGUGA